CUUCGAUCCCGCAAAAAGAAACUGUUUAUAACCCCUAGUUAGCUGUGUUCUAAACAGAAUAUUCCGCACCAAGUACGCCAUGUUUUCUUUAUAUAAUAUAACCUCGCCACUAUAUUUCGACUAACACGACGUAUAUGGCAGUACAAAGUUGAAAUUCAAUAUGGCCGCCGCUAGUUCCCAAAAUUCAGUAAACUUGCGAUCUUUGAGCUGUGAAUUGGGCCUUUUAAAUAAAACAGAUGGUUCUGCUCUUUUUUCUCAUGGUAUGUAUAUAGUGAUAGUUAAUCAUGUUACGGCAAUGACGUACUGUAAGCCCCUCCUUUUUAGCGUUAAGAAGAAUAAAAUAUUUAAAUUAAUUUAUUAACACGAUAUUACUAUUAAUAAUAACAAGGGAACACAUGUGUGUUGGCAUGGAAGUUUACAUUAAUUAACUGCAUUUAUUUCAAUAUACCCCCUUCUGGCUAUUUAACCCCCCCCCCUUUCUGCCCAACCCCUCCAAUAACAGUAUUAACAGAGCAGUCAGAGCCCCCCCCCCAAGGUGCAUCUAACCCCUGGGGGCUGGAAUUGGUUUAAUGGGUGAUGUAUGGUAUAAGCCCAUGAACCUAAAUAGAUGGGAGGUGAAUAUGGAUUUUUACAUGUUUGGAGCUUUGUGACGACAUAUAUAAUGAUAUGAUUUAUACAUGAUUACCCGAAGGUAAUACAUCAAUGAUGGUUGGUGUGUAUGGUCCAGCAGAAGUGAGGCUAAAUAAAGAAAUUGUUGACAAAGCAACGGUAGAAGUUGUGUUUCGACCUAAAACAGGAAUUCCAGGUAAAUUGCUACAAACCUUUCCAGGGAAGGAAAUCUUCAAACCCUUCAUGCGAGUGACAGAACAAAUAUAACCAGUAAUGUAAAAUCUUAUUCUAUGUUAGGUUAGAAAUUAAAAAAACAACAACUUGGUUAGCGUCACCGCCCGCCUCUCCAUUUCUGUUGCCUCUGAAUUUUUUUUUAUGUAAAUCUCUUCAUUUUACAGCUUAAAACAGUUUAAUAUUUGAAAUCUCAUGCUCAGAAGUUUGCGCUAUACACUGAUCGAUACGAGCAUGUGGUCUUGGGUAUACAAGGUUCUUAUAAUAGCAAAAUGGCUGUCUUCACAACAUCAGUACAAAAAAUAUCACUGAUAUGGUGGAAAAACCGCUCCCAUCAUCACUAUUAAAAAUUAAAAAACGAGUAAAAAUUUAAAAAACCCUGCCUGCCCGCCUCUGAAAAUUUGUGAGAGUGUGACACUGACCAAGUAUCUUUUUUUUUAUUUGGCCUUAUUAGGAUGCGCAGAAAAGGCAAUGGAAAGAUUGAUAAGGAACACUUGUGACUCCACCAUACUAACAACAAUGCACCCUCGAUCUGCCAUGACAAUUGUAUUACAAGAAGUUUGUAAUGAUGGAUCUGUAUCCUUGAAUAUUUAACAAAUAGAUGUUUUGGCUUGCAAGCUAGCCACUGGAGCAAGUGUUCUUUAGAAGAUGGAUGGUCUUGACAGGGGCUGAAUGAACUCAGAUGAUAUAACUUAUUAUGUACUAUUUAAAACACGCAUAGGAGUGUUAAAUUUAAAACACGACUACAAGUGUUUGAAUAGCUGCAAACACAACGUUCUACAAUAGAUGCCUUCUCAUUACUACCGUAUAUUCUUUAUAUAAAGAAUACUAAUUAGGAUGGCUAAAGAAUACUAAUGAAGAUGAGUUUUAUCAGGCAUAAACCCUCUUCACAUGACAAAUUAUAGUUGACAUGAUUUUCCAAUAAGCUUAUGAAUUUUAUUAAUUUAAUGAGUGUUUGAAAUAUAUUUAAAUUGUAUAUAAUUCUUGACCAACGUAUCAGUUAGUAUCAUGUUGCAUUAAUGGUGCAUGUAUGGCAAUGUUGAAUGCUGGAUUUCCAAUGAAGUAUUUGGUGGCAGCAAUAACAGCAGCCAUUCUUAGCGAUGGUACAAUAUGCACAGAUCCAACAGCCAAACAAGAAGAGGUAGAAAAUUUUGCCACUUUACCAACUCUACAACUUGGUCAAUGCUAUAUUAAACAGACGUUUUAUAGUUUAUAGCCCUAUCAACCUAAUACAAUUCUUUCUAGAGACCCAGCAAGGGUUAUUGUUUAUUUAUCCAAAUCAGAGCAGAUAGAAGCAAAUUCAUGGUUGAGCCCUCUUCUCAAAUAUGCCUGAAGUGGUGGCAGGCAGUUGAAGUUGCACUCCUUCUAUUGUUAUUCAUUUACGUGUUCUGUUCAAAUGUUCGUUGUAAAUAUAGGAAGCAACAGCUAUAUUGACAUUUUCUUUUGAAUCUGUGAACAAAGAAGUUGUUCUUUCAAGCAGCAAGGGAAUGUUCACAGUUGAGCAGGUAAUGCACAUUAUUUUGUGUGUUAUUAAGUGUUUACUUUUUCUGUCAUUUGCAUCUAAAGAUGAACUGUGGCAGACUAUAAUAUUGUAACAAGCUUUUCAAUAUUUCAAAUAUUUGAGUCAGUCUGGCUAAAUGACAUAUUUAGUUAGCAAAUCAACUCAUUGAGUGUCAGUGCUCUCCCCUUGACAUGUCUGGUGUUAGACAGAGUAAAAUAAUUAUAAUAAAAGUAGACUGCAUUAGGGCACAAUGCAAUUUAAUGGGUCAAUUGGAUACAUGGGUGGAUACUAGAGGUGUGCAUCGGAUUGGACAUUUAUAAUCCGACAAUUGGCUGUUUAAAAUCCGAUCCGAAAUUGUCUAAUCCGAAUCCGAUCUGAGUUUUGAUAAAGAAUUCCGAUCCGAUCUGAAGAAUCCUUUAAUAAAAUAAAUUUCUCAUUCAAGUGGAAAUAUUUAAAAUUAACCAAAGAAUAAUUAUUAUAUGUAAUUAAUUCAUUUUAUUUGGAAUAUCGAAGUCCAAUCUGAUCCGAUCCGACUACGAAACAACUUUAUCAAUCCGAUCCAAUCCGAAAUGAAUAUUUUAAUCUGUUCCAAUAUCCGAACGAAUCCGAUCGGAUUUGCACACCUCUAGUGGAUACACCUUGACAAGUAAAAUAGCCUGGCAUUAGACAGAAUAUUAAUGGAUUAAAGCCUGUCAAAUGGAAUAGUGUUGGGUGGUAACAGGUCAAUGCACUUUAAUUUCAGUAUGAAACUUGCUUACUGGUGUCUUGUGAUUGUGCUCAGAAAAUAUUCAAUUUCUACAAAACCUCUAUAACAAGGGUAUUGUCAAAGGUAUGCAUUCAUUCUCCCUUUGGUAUCAUAGUUUACACUAACCAGAAGAUUUACAAUGUUAACUGGAUGUUUUGCCUUUGCAGGAUGUAAAAUUUAUGGAUUUAAACAUUGCAAAAAAGUCAAAAGAGGUGGAGUAAGAUAAGAGUCCUAAUUGGAGAUGUAAUGUGAAUUUGGUGAACUAUUGGAUCAAAUACAAGACUCGAUCUGAAGUUCAGAACAAAGCUCCUCAUCAGGCAUCUUGUGGUUGCAGUGUUAACUAGUGUGUGGCCAUGCCAGCAGUGACACAAACCGGCUGCAGGGGAGCAAUACCAAAAUUAGAAGAGGCUAUAUAAUAUAUAUCCACCGGUACUCAGAAAUAUAUGGCAGGGCAGUAAAUCCAGUCAUUAAAUCAUCCAUUUGAAAGGUUAAAGUGAGCAUAACUAUAUAAAAUGAUUCUAUAUGUAGUCCAAUUGCAUCACAUAUGCUAAUCCUUUGUCUGUAUGAUGGACAUGCUAAUCCUUUGUCUGCAUGGACCAAUAAUCCUAUAUGAAUAAAUAUCUAGAUGCAUGAAUCAGUGAGAUAAUAUUGGUCAGAAUUCAUAGAUGCAUAUAAACAAAUUUUAUUUAUUCUCAUGAACUUUAGGAAUAUUAAAAAACACAAAUCCUAGUAGUUUCCUGUACAAACUAUUAUGCAACUAGCUUACUUACUGUAUAUUAGUAUAAUAGUAUAAGGCACCUGUUUAGCUAACUUUUAUAUAUUAUACUUAGGUAUAUCUGAACUAAGAUUCUCAAAUAUUGACAUUUAGCCUAAUUGAAAAUCUGACCAUGUACAUCACAGAGCACCAAUUGUUUUUUCACGUAGUACUAGUGGCCUUUAAUAUGACCAACUGGUUGUUUUGCAAAGUUCCAUUCUUAGCAAAAGUUUCAUUCCGUCAAGUAGAAGUACUGGGCUAUAGUUAUAAUACCAUUAGUCAUGCUGUUGACAAAGUUCCAACUGUGCAUCUUUCAUAUAAAUACCCCUUCAAUAUUUAGACAUAUAUUAAAAAGUUAAAAUUAAAUAAGCCAAUUCAGAGUUGAACAUCCAAAUUACGUAUUCUGCGCAGGGCAAAUUGCAAUUGAACUAUAUAACUUAGCCAAGCUGAGAUGUACUGGAAGAAUUAUAAUUAGUAUGCAUCUAUUCAAGCAAUUAUUCAACUGUUCAAUCAUCAUUUGAACAGCUGAACAUUUGCACAUUUUAAUGUUUCUAGUCUCAGCUACAUGUUAUCAACUGUAAUUUGUCCUGAUGCAGGGAUGCUUCAUUCAAACUCUGAAUUGGCCUUAUUUACUAAUGAGCAAUAAUAGUCCAGUGUUCAACUAGCCAUUUCAUCAGAUUUUCCAAUAUCCAGUACAGAACAUCGAAUGCUUCCUCCAGCCAAUAGGAACUGUUGGUAUGGUGUCUCAAUCACCUUGUACCCAAAGUUGGUCAAUUUGUCUUUAAGUAUGUCACUGAACUUGUUUCCAACAAUAAUAUGUUCUCCACUUUCCUCAAAAUUUACAGAAUUGCAUGCAAAAUCCAUUGCAUCUUCUUUCCCGAUUGCAAUAGUCUUAUCUCCUCCAACAUCCAGGAUUUUUUCCUCAGAUUCUUUGUCAAAUGCACCAGGGUAGUACAUCAGGUGUCCAUGGGUUAGACUCAUCAGUGCUGUGUCAAUAUGGUAGAAAUAUGGAUCCAUUAAUUUCAUGUGAUGAAGCCGAUCUUUUGGUAGUGACAGAACAUCCUUCAGGUAGGCAUAGGCUUUAAAUGAGCUACGGAAUCCAUAGGCCACGAAAAAGUUCUCCCCGUUGUGCGUGGGCAUAAAAUCACCACAGCCUUCUAUCUCGACUCCGUCAUCAAUUGGGUUUAUAACCUCGAAGCCUCGCUCUUUGAAAAACGGAAUAUGGUAAUGUGUUUCCGGUUGACGGGGCACUGCUCCAAAACUGGAAACCACUGCUUUGUUACCGUGAACGAUCCCUGCGUUUGCAGUGAAAACCAUAUCAGGAAGAUCAGGGUGAGGUUCCAAAAGGUCAACUUUGAUAUUAUUUGCAAGCAAGGUUUUAUAUGCAUUUUCCCAUUGUGUUAAAGCAAGAUUCUUUUUUACUGCAAUCCUCAUAUCCAUGUGAGCGUUAAGAAAACGAUGUCGGACGUCAAAAAACUUUGGUCGACACAUCAUUACAGUCUUGUACCAAGGUGCCAUUGAUAUUUUUGAAAAGUUGCUUGCAACUUUUAAGGCUGCCAUACUUGAGCUGAAAAUAUUGAAAAUAAAUUCACUAAUUUAUAUAGGCACAGAUAAAAAUAAGUAGGGUGAUGGAGUUGUGGUUUUAUAAGUAUGAAAUUUAAUAACUGAGUGCAUUAUGCUUUGAUUGACAUGUUUCUAUAACCAAUAGAC